CUUAUUUGGAACUUGGAAGGUCUUUUCGCUCUUUAGGAAAGCGCGCCCGCUUCCAUCCCAGAAAAAUUUCCACGAAGGCCACGACCCGCGUCGCGCGCGCCCGUUUCCAUCCCAGAAAAUUUUCCUGUAUAAAUAAAUAAGACCCACACGAAGUCCACGAACCGCGUCGCGUGGGACCCUUCCAGAAGCAGAGCCCUUCCUGUAGUCGUCGUCGUCGUCGUCGUCUCCUCUUCGCGUUGGGUUUGAUUCCUCUUCUUCUCGUCUCCCGCAGCGGCGGCCGUCGAUCGGAAUGGCGAGCCGAGGAGGAGGCCAGCACCAGCGCCACCAGCAGCAGCAGCAGCAGCCCGGCGGGUACGGACGCGGCGGCGGCGGCGGCCGCGGGCGCGGCCGGGACGGGGCGCCGUACUCGGGUGGUCGUGGGCGCGGUCAGGACGGAUCGUACCCUGGCGGCCGCGGUGGGGGCUAUGGCGGUGGUGGUGGUGGAGGUGGGCCGCCGUACUAUGGCGGAGGAGGUGGUGGUGGUGGAGGAGGAGGAGGCCAAGGGCGUGGGUACUAUGAUGAUGGCGGCGAUGGCCGCGGGUACCAGCGGGGCAUGGAGGGAGGCGGAGGCCGUGGAGGUUAUCGCGGGGACGGCGAUGGUGGCUACGGACGAGGCGGUGGCGGUUAUCACGGGGACGGUGAGCGUGGCUACGGCCGAGGCGGUGGCGGUGGCGGUGGAGGCGGCGGCGGCUAUCGUGGGGAUGACGAGGGUCGUAGCAGCUACGGCCGAGCCCGUGGCGGUGGCGGUGGCGGUGGCGGCUAUCAUGGGGACGGCGAGGCUGGAUACGGCCGUGGACGCGGCGGCAGGGACUACGAUGGCGGCCGCGGCGGCGGAGGAAGAAGAGGAGGACGCGGCGGCGGUGGUUCGAGCUACCACCAGCAGCCGCCCCCCGAUCUGCCCCAAGCUCCGGAGCCGCGCCUCGCCGCGCAAUACGCCCGCGAGAUCGACAUUGCCGCGCUCCGGGCGCAGUUCAAGGGGCUGACCACCACCACCCCCGGCGCCGCGUCGUCGCAGUUCCCGGCGCGGCCUGGGUUCGGCGCCGCCGGAGAGGAGUGCCUCGUGAAGGUCAACCACUUCUUCGUCGGCCUCAAGAACGACAACUUCCACCACUACGACGUGGCGAUCGCGCCGGAUCCGGUGCUGAAGGGCUUGUUCCGCACGAUCAUCUCGAAGCUGGUGACGGAGCGGCGGCACACCGACUUCGGCGGCCGCCUCCCCGUCUACGACGGCCGCGCCAACCUCUACACCGCCGGCGAGCUCCCGUUCAGGAGCAGGGAGCUCGAGGUGGAGCUGUCCGGCAGCAGGAAGUUCAAGGUGGCCAUCCGGCACGUCGCGCCGGUCAGCCUGCAGGACCUGCGGAUGGUCAUGGCCGGCUGCCCCGCCGGCAUCCCGUCGCAGGCGCUGCAGCUGCUCGACAUCGUGCUGCGCGACAUGGUGCUCGCCGAGCGCAACGACAUGGGGUACGUUGCGUUUGGUCGGUCUUACUUCUCACCGGGGCUCGGAUCGAGGGAACUCGACAAGGGCAUCUUUGCGUGGAAGGGGUUCUACCAGAGUUGCCGGGUCACGCAGCAGGGCCUUUCUCUGAACAUAGACAUGUCUUCGACUGCUUUCAUUGAACCUGGUCGGGUGCUGAAUUUUGUAGAAAAAGCUAUUGGACGUCGAAUCACUAAUGCUAUUACUGUGGGAUAUUUUUUGAACAAUUAUGGGAAUGAAUUGAUGAGGACCCUUAAGGGUGUUAAGGUUGAAGUCACUCACCGAGGAAAUCUACGCAAGAAGUACCGCAUUGCUGGCUUCACCGAGCAGUCUGCAGAUGUUCAGACGUUCACAUCAUCUGAUGGUAUCAAGACUGUCAAGGAGUAUUUCAACAAAAAAUACAAUCUGAAGUUAGCUUUUGGUUAUCUUCCAUGCCUGCAAGUUGGCAGCAAGGAGAGACCGAAUUACCUGCCCAUGGAGCUUUGCAAUAUAGUUCCUGGACAACGAUACAAGAACCGGCUCAGUCCGACACAGGUUUCCAAUCUGAUUAACAUAACCAACGAUCGUCCUUGUGACCGUGAGAGCUCCAUUCGUCAGACUGUUAGCAGCAACCAGUAUAACAGUACGGAACGCGCAGAUGAGUUUGGCAUAGAAGUUGACUCUUAUCCUACUACUUUAAAGGCUAGAGUUUUGAAAGCUCCAAUGCUGAAGUACCAUGAUUCUGGAAGGGUGAGAGUAUGCACGCCAGAGGAUGGGGCGUGGAACAUGAAAGACAAGAAAGUAGUUAACGGUGCUACAAUUAAAAGCUGGGCAUGUGUCAACUUGUGCGAGGGUUUGGAUAAUCGUGUUGUUGAAGCAUUCUGCCUUCAAUUGGUCAGAACGUCCAAAAUAACUGGACUGGACUUUGCGAAUGUGAGCCUUCCAAUAUUGAAAGCUGAUCCUCAUAAUGUUAAAACUGAUCUUCCUAUGCGCUAUCAGGAAGCAUGCAGCUGGUCGAGGGAUAACAAGAUUGACCUCCUACUUGUUGUAAUGACAGAUGAUAAAAAUAAUGCCAGCUUAUAUGGUGACGUUAAAAGAAUCUGUGAAACAGAAAUCGGUGUAUUGUCACAGUGUUGUCGAGCGAAGCAAGUCUACAAGGAGAGGAAUGUUCAGUACUGCGCAAAUGUUGCUCUUAAGAUCAAUGCCAAGGCUGGAGGAAGGAACUCGGUAUUUCUUAAUGUAGAAGCAAGUUUACCGGUUGUUUCAAAGAGCCCAACUAUUAUAUUUGGUGCUGAUGUUACCCAUCCUGGGUCCUUUGAUGAAAGUACCCCUUCCAUUGCUUCGGUUGUUGCUUCCGCAGACUGGCCUGAGGUGACCAAGUAUAAUUCUGUUGUUCGUAUGCAAGCUUCUCGUAAGGAGAUUAUACAAGAUCUUGAUAGCAUUGUUAGGGAACUUCUCAAUGCAUUCAAAAGGGACUCCAAGAUGGAGCCGAAGCAGCUCAUUUUCUACAGGGACGGCGUAAGCGAGGGUCAGUUCCAGCAAGUUGUAGAGAGCGAAAUACCGGAGAUAGAAAAGGCUUGGAAGUCUCUGUAUGCUGGCAAGCCACGAAUUACCUUCAUAGUGGUGCAGAAGAGGCAUCAUACAAGGCUGUUCCCCAACAAUUACAAUGAUCCACGCGGCAUGGAUGGGACUGGAAAUGUUCGUCCAGGCACAGUAGUUGAUACAGUGAUCUGUCACCCUCGAGAGUUUGAUUUCUUCCUGUGCAGCCAAGCCGGGAUCAAAGGGACAAGCCGUCCUAGCCAUUACCAUGUGCUGCGCGACGACAACAACUUCACCGCAGAUCAGCUUCAGUCUGUCACAAACAACCUGUGCUACUUAUAUACAAGCUGCACUCGCUCGGUGUCUAUUCCACCUCCUGUUUACUACGCUCAUAAGCUCGCAUUCCGCGCUCGUUUCUACCUCACCCAAGUUCCCGUCGCCGGUGGAGAUCCAGGUGCUGCUAAGUUCCAGUGGGUACUUCCAGAGAUUAAGGAAGAGGUGAAAAAGUCCAUGUUCUUUUGCUAGUCGUCCUUGUGCCCCCCUGAAACUGAAGCCUGGAGCCAGCCGGCAAGCUCUGGAAAUGCUCUGAAUAAUCAAACUUGGAAGAAUAAGCACCUGCCCAGGUUGCCAUUCGUUUCCAUGUGGCAUGGAGGAUGGCAUCCUGAAAAGGAUAUUGUCAUGUUUGUGUGGUUUUUAAACGACAUUGAAGUUUAUCUCCGGUGUUACUAUCUCAGCACUUUGGAUGUUUUAUUUUGUUAUGUCUGAAGAUAUAGACACAAAACUUCAUUUUUGUUUCUGUUUC